CCUCCCCUUCCGGCAGAGCUUGUCGUGGCGUGCAGCGGCACCGUGCCCUUGAACCGAUUCUCUAUAAAACGCCGAUCAGUGGAUCAUAGAAGGACACAUCGAUCAAGAAGCCGUCGACAAAGGAGAAACUCGAGCUCCGAUCCAGCGAGAAAGUCCAAUUGAGUAGCCCUACUAGCUAGGCCUAAGGUGUCUGAAGUCCUAGCCUCCUAGGCAUCCCGGCCGCACACCACCCCGAUCAGCAAAGCAAGAUGGUCGGGCCGAUCGUGCUCGCGGCGUCCGCCGGCAUCGGCAUGCUCGCCGGCCUCGCGACGGCCGACAGGUGCGCCUCCGGCAACAACCUGCCGCUGAUGGGCUCGCGGCCGCCAACUGCAGGCUGCGCGACGUGCGGUGGCACCGGGAAGGUCGCCUGCCUCUGCGCCCGGUGGUCGGACGGGGACGCCGGGUGCCGGCCGUGCGCCGGGACCGGGCGCUCGGCGUGCCGGAGCUGCCGCGGCACCGGGCGGCGCGCGCCCGUGCGGGUGGCCGUGCGCGCGCAGACGCCUCCGGUGGCUGUUACAAAAACCAGAUCAUGAGGAAUUGAACGGCAACUUCUCUUGGAGCAUGAUGUUGGUCGCAAAUAGGUUGUACUACUUACCAGUAGUGGUGCGUGUGUGUAUCCAUGAGUUGGCAUCAGAGUUGUAGGUCAUGUGUGCUUAUAUGUUGUAGACUUGUAGUGUUACUUCUCUUGGA